GACCUGCAAAAGGCAUAUGGAUUCUGUGAUGCCUUCCCAGGAACCUCAAUUAGACGAUAAGAAUGACGAAGCUGACGUCCCUCCAGAAGACACAGACGGAAUAUCUUAUAUUUCUUCGACUCGGAAACACGACAAUAUUAAAGAUGACUCUGAGGAACUCAAGCCAGUUAUUGACGGGAUGGAUGGGAUCAAGAUCUCUCAGGGGCUUGGCCUACAGGACUUUGAUCUGAUCAGAGUCAUUGGACGAGGAAGCUAUGCCAAAGUUCUUUUAGUCCGGUUAAAAAAGAAUGAUCAAAUUUAUGCAAUGAAGGUGGUCAAGAAGGAAUUAGUCCAUGACGAUGAGGAUAUCGAUUGGGUGCAAACCGAAAAGCAUGUCUUUGAGCAGGCAUCCAGUAACCCUUUUCUAGUUGGUUUACAUUCCUGCUUUCAAACAACAAGCCGGUUGUUUCUUGUUAUAGAAUAUGUGAAUGGGGGUGACCUCAUGUUUCAUAUGCAACGGCAGAGGAAGCUGCCAGAGGAACACACAAGGUUUUAUGCUGCUGAAAUCUGUAUUGCUCUCAACUUCCUCCACGAAAGAGGCAUCAUAUACAGAGAUUUAAAACUGGAUAACGUGCUCCUGGAUACAGAGGGCCACAUCAAGCUAACAGAUUACGGCAUGUGUAAGGAAGGAUUGGGCCCCGGCGACACUACGAGCACUUUCUGUGGCACGCCAAAUUACAUUGCCCCGGAGAUUCUCCGAGGAGAAGAAUACGGAUUCAGUGUGGAUUGGUGGGCCCUUGGUGUCCUCAUGUUUGAAAUGAUGGCCGGAAGAUCUCCUUUUGAUAUUAUUACCGACAAUCCAGAUAUGAACACUGAAGAUUACCUCUUCCAAGUUAUCCUUGAAAAACCGAUCCGAAUUCCGAGAUUCCUUUCUGUUAAGGCCUCCCAUGUUUUGAAGGGAUUUUUAAAUAAGGAUCCCAAAGAGAGGCUUGGAUGCCAACACCAAACAGGAUUUUCCGAAAUCAAGUCACACACAUUUUUUCGCAGCAUAGACUGGGAUCUGCUGGAAAAGAAGCAGGCCACCCCACCGUUUCAGCCUCAGAUCACGGACGAUUAUGGCUUGGAUAACUUUGAUACCCAGUUCACCAGUGAACCUGUGCAGUUAACUCCGGAUGAUGAGUAUGGCUAAUAGUUAAAUACAUUGUUGAGCAUUAAAUCAUAGU